AUGAAAUGUGACAAGCUGGCGGUCACCGAAGACGAGCCUCCCGCGGCCUACACGCGGGCUCUAGAGGAGCGAGUGGCCAUGCUGGAAAUGAGACUGGCGGCAAGCACGCCCAGUCCGCGCCAAUCUCGCCACGACACUGCUCCUGCACCAGCAAGGGACGACGUCCUUGGCGAGGUGGUUGACGUGUUGUCGAUGGGCAACUUUGAGGCGCCUGCCUACGUAGGUGCCUCGUCGGGCUUCGGCCUCGCGCUGAACCUUGGACACAUGGUCCAGGCCACGGUCUGGAACAAGGCGAUGCCAAGCUCGUCGAGUCCCGGAGGCAAAGAACGGUCUGGCAGUGUGUCUGGUACUGGUGCUGCCGGCGGUGCGGGCAAGGCGCUGACAAUGGAGGAGCUGAUGGCAAGCAGUGCGGAGCCGCCGGGAGAAGAGCUGGGGGAGACGAUACUCAACGCCUACUUUGCCCAGCUGGGUGUGCGCUAUCCGUUCUUGCACCCGGACGAGAUCUGGGGUUUGCAUGCAGAGCGCUUUGCCCUGCGCGCCACGCCCGUGCAGGACUUGACGAGGAUGCAGCGCUAUGGACUGUUCAAGCUCUACAUGAUCUAUGCGAUUGGCGCCAUGCUUGUCCGGCUGACAGAGAAGACGGCCACGCCACCCCCAGAGAGCUACUACAUGUCCGCGCUGCAGCACAUCUGUGCGGCUAAGGAGUCAAGGACCGUGCACAACAUCGAGGCGAUGCUGCUGCUCGUGCUGUACCACCUGCGUAGCGCCUCAAAUCACGGCAUCUGGUACAUGAUUGGCCUCGCGAUGCGGACGUGCAUCGAUCUCGGCCUCCACCGCCGGCGCGACGAGGUCAACCACCACCAGGACCCCCUGGCCGUGCAGAUGCGGCGCCGCCUCUUCUGGACAAUCUACUUGCUGGAGCGUGUCAUUGCCAUCUCGCUGGGCAGGCCGUUUAGUAUCCCCGACCGCCAGAUUGACGUCGACCUGCCGGACGAGUUCUUCAACACGGCGGUGGCGGCGGCGGAUGGGGCGAGGAGUCCUUCUGCUGUGUUUUCUACUUCGCCGACAGGCAGUAUUGCUGGAGUAGGCAAGGCGAGACGGGGCAGUACGUGGGCGCCCGCCACGCUGUUUAUCCUGUUGAUCCAGGUGCGGAGGCUGGAGUCGAAGAUUCAGUACAGCAUCUACAGGGCGGACAAACCCCUGACCUCGCUGCUGUCCAAGGUUGAGCCGAUCUUCCAGGAGCUCGAGAAGUGGAAGCAGACGACGGCAGAGAAGCUCGGCUCGCAGCCGAAAGACUUCCACUACGCCAUGCUUUCCUAUCACAAGUCUCUGUGGCUGCUGGUCCAGCCAUUCCUGCCGCUUCUGUCGCCGUCGGACGCGUACUACCAGGCCUGCAUCCGAGCUGCGGGCGAGAUCUGCCAGACACACAAGCACCUGCACCAGUCGCUCGACUACGGGCACUCGUUUAUAGCGGUACAGACGGUGUUUGUGUCGGGCAUCACGCUGCUGUACGCGCUGUGGACGCACCAGCGGGACGCGUGGUCGGUAACGUUGUCGAACGACAUCCGGGCGUGCAGCCUGGUGCUGUUCGUCAUGGGCGAGCGGGCGCCGUGGGUGCGCAAGUACAGGGAUGCAUUCGAGCUGCUGGUCACGGCGACCAUGGACAAGCUCGAGAACGGCGGGACGAGCAACCUCGCGCAGACGGCGGCGGCCAACUGUGGACUGCUGAGCAUGGGCGGAAACAGCAGCAGCAGCAGCAGCAAGAUCAAUGGCACCAACACGGCGGCCGGGUCGCCACGGGGAAGUCCGCGGCAGCAAAAGCAGCAGCAGCAGCACAACAACAACAACAACAACAACCACAAGAGCAUACUCGAGGCCGGAAGGCCGGCGGCGAUGCUGCAGGGCCUGAGCGACCAGAUGGCCAUGGCGGGCAGCGCGGUGGCAUCAGAGGAUGCGUGGAGGGUCGUGGCGGAGCUGACGAGCUGGAUCGACCAGAGCGACAGCUCGCCGGUGUGGAUGCCCGACUUUGAGUCGCUGCAGAACCUCCAGAGCUGGCCUUGA